GUAACCCACCUCGUGGUGUCUUGUGGGUAAAGCACAUUGUACUGUCCGCCAUUUCGUUGCUGAUUUUGGAUCAGUGUAGUCGAGAGAAAAAGAAAGAGAAAAAACACACAACCGAGACAAAAAUGCUUUCCGCCGCCCAGUUACUCGACGAGUUAAUGGGCCGGGAUAGGAACCUGGCACCGGACGAGAAACGGAGUAACGUGCGUUGGGACCACGAGACUGUAUGUAAAUAUUACCUCUGUGGAUUUUGUCCAGCAGAAUUAUUCACAAACACACGAUCUGAUUUGGGUCCAUGUGAAAAAAUCCACGAUGAAAAUCUACGGAAACUAUAUGAAAAGAGCUCCCGCUUCAUGAAAGAGGGUUAUGAAAGAGACUUUCUUCGGUAUUUACAAAGCUUGUUGGCAGAAGUGGAGCGCAGAAUUCGCAGGGGUCAUGCAAGACUGGCACUUUCUCAGGCCCAGCAAAAUUCUGGGCAAGCUCCAGGGCCUUCAGGCAAAAAUGAGGAGAAAAUACAAGUUUUAACUGAGAAAAUUGAAGACCUUCUGCUGCAGAUUGAAGAGCUGGGUUCAGAGGGAAGAGUGGAGGAGGCUCAGGGAAUGAUGAAACUUGUUGAACAGUUAAAAGAUGAGAGGGAACUGCUUAGGUCAUCAACCUCUACAAUCGAAAACUUUGCAGCUCAGGAAAAGCAAAUGGAAGUCUGUGAAGUUUGUGGAGCUUUUCUAAUUGUAGGGGAUGCACAGUCCAGAGUAGAUGAUCACUUGAUGGGAAAGCAACAUAUGGGUUAUGCUAAGAUCAAGUCUACUGUAGAAGAGUUAAAGGACAAACUACGCAGACGGUCAGAAGAGCCGGAACGUGAUGACAAAGGAAAAAAAGAAAAAGAAGAUCGAGAACGUGAAAGAGAAGAGAGAGAGAAGAAACGGCGGGAGGAAGAGAAAGAGAGGGAGAAAGAGAAGGAAAGAGAAAAGGAGAAAGAGCGAGAGAAGGAAAGGGAAAAGGAAAAGGAGAGGGAGAAGGAAAGGGAGCGAGACAGAGAUAGACGUCGGCGCAGUCAUUCACGCAGCAGACACUCCAGCAGAACAUCAGAGAGGCGGCGCAGCCGUUCAAGAGAACGCAAGAGAUCCAGAAGCAAGGAACGGGACAGGAAGCCUAGCAGGAGCAGAGAUAGAGACCGGCGCAGAAGCAGCCGGGACCGUUCAGAAAGGAAGCACAGAUCCCGCAGCAGAGACAGGAAGAGGUCGAAAAGCUCAGAGCGUAAAUCUCAUAAACGCAGGAGCCGAAGCCGGGAGAAGGAUAGAGACAGGAAGUCAAAAGAAAAAGAUCGAAGAGAUCCUGAUGAGAAGAAGAGCAGCAAGAAGUUGAGUGGUGAUGAAAAGCAGAGUGAAGUUUCCAAGCCAGAGCUAAUGGAGGUUGAUGCUCCAAAGAGUGAGGUCAAUGGCACCAGUGAAAACAUACAAUCUGAAGGUGACACUCAGUCCAAUUAAAACUGAUCUGAUAUGACCUCAGAUCAGGCCGAGGUAAGUGCAUCCUUCUAAUGUUGGCUAGGUUUUUUGUUUUUGUUUUGUUUAAUAGUGCAGCGUAAGUAUGCACGGAUGAAGAUGGAACUAGCCCGAUGAGAAGAAAUAGAAAAAAACAUACCCAGAAGGGAAGGACAGUGUAGUCCUGCCAAACAUGUGGAGGUACCUUAUUUUGUGUCAGCUAUUUUAUAACUAAAGGACAUCCACAAAACUUUUGUGCCUCUAACUUUUUACUGUAGCUCAACUUUAAAAUGUUCUUUGUAAAAUGUUAUCUUCACACCCCCUCUUCAGAGUCUCUCUGGUUUAAUCUAAAGUUAAUUUAAAUACUAAACUUUUUUUUAUUUAUUCGUUUUAACAUUUUGAUCGAAUUCCUAUUAAUUACCAUUAGAGGCACAUGUAUUAUAUAUACUCUUGCUAGUUUUUUUUUUUUUUUAAAUGACAAGGAUGUUUGCAGUUUUUUGCUUUGCCUUGCAUUCUAAUGCAGUUUGUUCUGUAACUCGAGAGCCAGUAGCACUGGAUUGAUGGAAGUGUAGGGUUUAUGAAUUAUUGCAGCUGACUUCCAUACCUCACACAGCGUUGGUGUUGUGAGCGACCCAUGAAAAGCCAAAUUAAAAAUCAAGGAUUCUGUCAAACUGUGCAGGUACUCACGCCAGGUACUCCUUUCUCUACCCACAUCCAUGUUUGAAUGCUGUUGCCUGUAAACUUUAAGCUUGCUGUUGUGUAUUUUGUUUAAUAGAAUUGUUCAAAAGGUUUUUUUUUCUUUUCUUUGUGUACUACUUGUUAAUGCAUUUAUCACCAUGAAAUUCUUUUCAACUGUAUGUAGGGGUGCAGUGCUGCCAAGAAUUAGUUUGCUUAGAGUAAUUCCAAUAAAGUGGCAUAAAAAGCAGCUUCUUAUUACAGAUUCAGUGCAUUCAAGCCUUAAACUGAGGUAUGUGUUACAUUUCUCCUGCAGUGUAGGAAAUAGUCAGACAGUUAUUUUAAUGCUGUGGUGGCGACCAUAGUGAUAUAAAGCUGAAGCCGUUCCAUAACAAAAAUACAUUUGAAAUUGAAAGGUUGAAAGACCGUAAGAAUUGAUUACCAGCUAAUGUGUAUAUUGGGUUUUACUUUUAAGUACUAGAAAGAAGAAUUACCAACUGUGUAUUUACAGUGUUUUGCCCUUGUGUGCUUUGACUAAAUCAACUUGUCUGUUUUCUGCAUUUUUAAUUGUGUGGUUUCCUAACAUUGUCACAUUAUAGGGUGGAAUCUGAGAAGUGUACAGGAGGAAGAGCAACUGAAGACAGCCUGGCCUGAAGUUAUGAUGUCGCUGCUUAAAACAAGGUGAACAAGAGCUGUAGUCACCCAGAAAAAAUAAAAUGUAAAAUAGUUCAGUUGCCAUUUUCAAGCUCAUUUGAGGACUGGUGACAUUACUUCAGAUAAAUUGCAAAAAGCUCAUUUGCUACAACACAUACCACCAAUAAGUACAUUUGCUAUUUAAUUUGUGUAAUUUCUGUUUUUCAUGUAUUUAGAAACAAACAACAAUUACUUGUACAUGUGGCUUGUUCAGUUUGUUACUUCAGAUUCUACUUCAGUCAUUUUAAGACACCACGCUGUCUUAUGUUUGUGUACAGUGUUUGGAUGGAAACAAUUUUUUCUACUUGUUUCCCCCCCCUUUUUUUUUU